CCGUGCGUGGCAAGGGGAAGCCCGUGAAACGGCUCCGCCAGCCUCCGGUUCCUAGAUUCCAGGUUCCCGAGAUGUCCUGCCGGCUGCUUUGUAAUUUGCAGGGAUAAACAGGACAGCGGGGCUGAGUGGGCUCGUAAUGAGAGGGUGCCAAACUGCUUGGGCACCGUUCGCUGACUUUCCAGUGACCUUUUGUGUUCCUCUUCCCAGCAGGUUCGUCUCCAGCUUUUUGCAAACAUCCACCUGCAGGAUGAAGAGGAGCCUGCUCUGCUGGAUGCUCGUUGCUCUGCUGAGCGGGCACCUGGCGUGGGUCCUGGCAUGCGGGGAGCAGGAGUACCAGACCGCAGAGGGCAACUGCGCUCCCUGCGAGGCCUGCCCCCCGGGAGAGGAGCCGGACAGGAUGUGCGGCUCUGGGCAAGGCCUGGGGAUGACCUGUCGAGCUUGCUCUCCGGGCACCUUCUCAGCCGGCCGUGGAGUGGCACCUUGCUUGCCUCAUACCCUCUGCGAAGCCAGGAAGAGGGUCCCUGCCAGUCCUGGGACAGCUACAGCUGACAGUCGAUGUGGAGACUGCGUGCCAGGGUUUUACAGCCCUGAAGGGGAGACGGACCCCACCGCUGAAUGCCUGCUGUGCGCCUCUGCUCCCGAAGGCAUACCGGGGUGCCCAGGCUCCAGGGUGGGGCUGACCCGGCUGGUGAGGCACGUCGACCCACUGCAGAGGCCAGACAAGAAGGCGUCCAACGGCACGCAGGGCGGGAAGCCGGAGGAGAGCGCCACGCAAUACGCCGUGCUGGCCAUUGUGCCGGUCUUCUGCGUCAUGGGGCUGCUGGGCAUCCUGGUCUGCAACCUGCUGAAGAAGAAGGGCUACCACUGCACGGCGCACAAGGAGACAGACGAGGAGGUGACGAAGGCUGAGAGGAGCGGUAGCAGCUCGACCUACCGGAUCGACGACGCCAAUGAAGACACCAUCGGGGUCCUGGUGCGGCUGAUCACGGAGAAGAAAGAGAACGCCGCUGCCCUGGAGGAGCUGCUGAAGGACUAUCACAGCAAGCAGGUGGUGCAGACUACCCACAAGCCCACUAACAAGCUGCACCUCCUGCCACAGCUACCCCCCAUCUGCCGGCACCAGCACCACCUGCACACGGUGCAGGGCCUGGCCCCACGCUCGGGCCCUAGCUGCACCCGCUGCAGCCAGAAGAAGUGGCCGGAGGUGCUGCUUUCGCCCGAAGCUGCAGCCACUGCUGCUGCCAUCACUCCCAUCCCCACGAUGACCAGUAUCAUCCCUGCCAAGCCGUCCAAGCCAGGUGGCAAGGCUAGCAGGUCUGGGGAGAUCACCAUCCUCUCCGUAGGCAGGUUUCGGGUGGCUCGCAUCCCCGAGCAGAAGCCCAGCCUCCCGGAGGUGAAGACCGUCUCCGAGUGCAGCGGGACCGAGCUGCGCCCCGGAUGCGGCCCCGUCUCCGGUGCACCCGACGCGCCCCGCUGCGGCCUCCCUGCCGAACAGAAGCCGCUGGUGAGCAACGGAGCCGCCCGGUCCACGUGGCUGAAGACGGCUGACAGCCAGCAAGAGGACAACCCGUACGUCAUUAGACUGCGCGAGAGUAACCUUGUUAUCUGAAGGUAAUCAUCUGAGACCCCCGCGCACCAGGAGACCUGAACGGCAGCUCACCCGGAGGCUUCUGGUUGCCCGUCCGCCCGAGAAACGCACACGCUGGACGAUGCUGAAGGCACCCCUUUCCCCCUCGGGAGAUCUCCGCACGCACCCCCGGAGGAUUGGGGGCCCCGUGGCACCAGCACAUGCCAGCGGGAGCAGACUAGGGAGGGGCCUGGCAUGGCCAAAAGCAUUUUUCUUUUAAGGAAGGACUCAUCAGGGAGGGCGGGGGGCAGCUUGGCGCCGGGCUGGGGGACCCGCUCCAAGGUCUUUGGUGCACAGGGCAAGGACUUGGGUGCAUGCUCCAGCUGUGUGCUUACAAGGGGGCGUUGAGGAGGGUCAAGAGAGAGGGGAGGCUUCUUCCUGACCCCGGAGCAUGUUCCUAAUUCCCACGGGACCCAGCACGAGGGGGCACGUGGCACUGCAACGUAGGGGGCAGGGAUGGCUUGGGGGGCCGGGGCAUUGCAGUAUUUCUUCCCCAGCUCCCUGUAUGAACAAAAGCAAACCCCGGGCACACUUCCCAUGCUGGAGAAGACCCAGCCUGGGGAAUCGCCAGCCCUCUGGCCACAGCCGCAGUGAUGGCAUUAGUCCAGGCACAGCUCUUCUGCAGCAUUGCCAGCUCUCAUGCUAUCGUGGUGAGCCUGGGAAGAAGGAGGGCAUGGUUUUUUCCUUCUUCAAGCCCCAGCUCCUGGAGUCAUGGGAUGAGAGGAGAAUCUCUGCCUUCAUUUAAAAACAAAUUUUCCCCAAGUUUCUAGCCUUCGUGGCUGGAGCAGUUGCCCUGGGGAAGCUGGAAGGCUUGGAGCCAGGAAGGAAAUGUAAGGAAAUGCAGCGUCUGCAUUUAAUGUGCUGGCCUUGCGGGGGCUGGGAACGCGGCAGACCCAUGAUUUUUUGAGCGGGGGGGGGUUGGCCGCACGGCUCGAGUGAGUCUAACGUGGCUCUCGGGCUGGUGGGGCGCAGGGAAGCCGGGGGGUCCGUGCCCCUGGGUGAACACCACUUCCGCGGUGCUUUCUGGCCCCCAGGGGAGCCGCAAACAUUGCUCCAUGUGCUGAACAGGACCUUGCCCGGUCGGUGAGCCAGAAUGCGCUCGGCUGGGCUUUUAAUUGUGCCUGCGGGCACGCCGGGUUUUCGAGCAAGGAGCUGUAAGUGCCAGGUCCCGGGGUGGGGGGAUUCUCCAGGCAGGCUUGGAGAGGGGCUUUGAGCUCUCCCCUGCUGCACGGUCACAGGGCCCGGUCCCCCGGCUCUAGGGCAGGGCUCUCCCAGCCCCCACUUCAGUGUCCAGGGGCUGCUCCGGCUUCUGCCAAGAAAGCUUUUGCAGAGCGGAUGUGGGAUCCAGCUCAGGCCCCCGCGCUGGGUGCUCCUGAAGAGGAUGCCUAGCCCCCCGGCUGGGCUCCCGUCCCCGUGUAGUGCUUUUAACCGUUCAGUCCAGGGCGGCUCGUGGGGGCAUGGCCCUGCCAUUGAGGGGGCAGUUGCUGCUAGUACGAAUGGCUGCCCCUGACCCCGAGACGUGGAGCCUGGUGCAGGGGUCUGAGGCGGGCACCGCUGCCCCGGGGAAGAUGGGCGCGCGGGGGCCUUUCUCCGGAGGGCCCAGCCUCGGAAAGCAGCGUCGAGACGCCUCCGACAGUCCUGGCCCCGGGAACGCUGCAAGGCUGCGCGUGCCGCAGUGCUUCAUUCGCGAGCCCAGCUCUGUAGUGCCCGACCCCCGUCGGCGGGUCAGAGGGGUUAGGUUUGAGGGCUGCAGCACCCCCCACCUCCCCAACUUUGGACCAGUGAAUCGGGUAACGCGGGACCACGGAUCUCCUCCUGGCUGCGGGAGGCGCAGAUGCCACGUGCCAGGCACAGCAGGGACCCGGAGCUGGUGUCUCUGUCCCAGCCCAAGCUCACGUCCUCCUAUCUUCUCUCCCCCGCCCCACGGGAGGGUUUACCCCAUUGUUUACAGUCGGGCUUAGCGCCAGCACGCGGCGCCGGCCCCUCUAGUCCUGUCUGGUUUUACAUCCUUAUUUAUGCGGGCGGCGUGGGGAUCCGCUUUUUAACCCGGCUGGCGUUGGCCAAGCUGCAGCCAACAGGGUCCCCAGCCUUGCCUUUUUUAUUUACUGAUACGUGUAUUUGGGGUUGUUUUGGGGUUGUUGUUGUUUUUUGCCAUCUGUUUUUUUUUAAGCCUCCUAGUUUUAUGUUUGGAUGUCAACACAUUAAAUAAAACACAUGAGUUUUAAGCGGA